AUGCCUCGCCUACGCGCUGUUCUCUCGCUGUUUCUGCUGCUGGGUCGAUUCGUGAACGCAGCGCCUACCGGAAAUGGCUGCGCCGACCCCGACACGAAGUUGGGCGCCGUCGCCUCCGAAAGCAGUGUUUGCAGCAAGAUUGGCACCCGGCUCUUGAAAGAGGGCGGCAAUGCGGUCGAUGCGUUGGUCGGGACUGUCUUUUGCAUCGGCGUCGUCGGCAUGUAUCACUCGGGCAUCGGCGGCGGCGGGUUCUUGAUCUUGCGAACGAGCAACGGGAGUUACGAGUACGUUGAUUUCCGCGAGACGGCCCCAGCCGCUGCUUUCGAGGAUAUGUACAAGAACAACACCGACGCGAGUCUGUACGGCGGGCUGGCCAGCGGCGUGCCCGGCGAGCUUCGAGGCAUGGAAUACGUGCACAAAAAGUACGGCAAGCUCCCGUGGAAGCGCGUCGUGAAGCCCGCAGUCCGGGUUGCUAGGUACGGCUUCAACGUCACUGCCGACUUGGUCCGCUACAUGGACUCGGUCACCCCCAAUGGCAAAUUCCUGACGGACAGCCCAACAUGGGCCAUUGAUUUCGCGCCCAACGGCACCCGCGUUCAAAAGGGCCAGAUCAUGACCCGCAGGCGAUAUGCUGAUACCCUAGAGGCCGUCGCUGAGGGCGGCGCCGACGUCUUCUACACCGGAGCCAUUGCCAAUGCCACCAUCGCUGCACUCAGAGCCGCCAACGGCACCAUGACGCUCGAGGACCUGCGCAAUUACACGGUCGCCAUCCGGAAGCCGGCGUUCGCCACGUACCGCGGGUUUAAACUGCACAGCUGCAGCGCACCAGCCAGUGGCGUCGUCGCCCUGUCUGCCCUGAAGACAGUCGAGGGCUAUUCUGGUUUUGGCGACCCGGCCAGUGUCAACCUCACAACGCACCGUCUCGACGAAGCUAUCCGCUUUGCGUACGGAGAACGCACAAACAUGGGCGACCCUUCUUUUGUGGAAGGGCUCUCCGCCUACGAAGACUCCAUCCUGUCCGACGCCGCAGCCAAGGAGAUUCGCUCCAAAAUUUCCGAUACCGAGACGCACAACGUGUCGUACUACGACCCCUCCGGGCUCGAGUCGCUCGAGACACCCGGCACGUCGCACGUCGUCACCGCAGACGCCAGCGGCAUGGCGGUCUCUCUGACGACAACGGUCAACCUGCUCUUCGGCUCCCAGCUCAUGGUGCCCGAAACGGGCGUCAUCAUGAACAACGAGAUGAACGACUUCAGCAUCCCGGGUUCGAGCAACGCCUUCGGCUACGUUCCGAGCCCCGCCAACUUUAUCCGCCCAGGCAAGCGCCCGUUGUCGUCCAUCUCGCCCACCAUCGUCGAGACGUCAGACGGCAAGCUCUAUCUGGUCGUCGGCGCGGCGGGAGGUAGCCGCAUCAUCACGGCGACUAUCCAGAACAUUCACCACGUGCUAGACCAAGAAAUGAACAUUCUCGAUGCUCUCAAGCAGCCGCGCUUCCACGACCAACUGGUGCCAAGCCAAAUCUCAUUCGAGUACGCAUACGAUAACUCGACGGUUGCUUUCCUGAAGAAUAUCGGUCACAAUGUCACAUGGGUAGCUCCGGGGCAGAGCAGUGCUCAGGGCUUACGGUUGCUGUCGAAUGGAACUUUCGAGGCGGCUGGUGAGCCGCGACAAGCUGCCUCUGGUGGGUUUGCGGUUUGA